GACGGCCUCGUGAGGCAGCCCUGAGACACUACGAGGCGGCGCUGGGACUGGACCCUGAACACACGGUCGCCCUCGUCAACACGGCCCGUCUUAUGAGGACACUGGAUCACAACAAGGCAAGCGGAGAUCCUGUAUAAAGCGAGCUCUGGCCGUGGCGUGGAACCCGAGAUCGGAGAGAGCCUCGGGAAGCUGUAUCUCAACACAGGGCGCCUGGAGGAUGCUGAGGCCACUUUUAACACCGUGCUCAGACUUCAUCCUGAGAUGCUGUCGUCCAGGGUCUACUUGGCGCGCGUGAAGCUGCAGCAGAGGAGCUACGUGGAGAGCGAGGGACUCCUGCGCCUCGUCCUGUCCCAGAACCCGCACCAUCAGGAGGCUCUCUUCCAACUCUCCCUCCUCUACACCCACACCAACCGCACGCAAGACGCCCUCUCCCUGGCUCGCCUGGCCGCCCACAACUGCUCCAGGCCGCCCACGCUCUGCGCCCACCUCCACGCCCACUACGGCGACCUGCUUAACGACAGGAAUAACGUGGACCAGGCAGCACAGAGUUACCAGCUGGCGGUGGAGCUGGAACCGACACUCACUCACGCACACGUCAACCUUGGGGCUCUCUAUCACACUAAGGGCGACUACGCGCGUGCCUGGAGACACUACCUGACGGCGCACGGCCAGGAGCCAUCCAACAGCCUCCUUCUGGAGAACAUGGAGAAGCUCCGGAGGGCACAGAACCUCCAGCAGGCAACCACCAGCAUGGCUCACUGCUUGAAUAAGUCCUGAUGCUAGAUCUCCUUCUCCUGCUGCUGCUGCUCCUUCUGCUGCUGCGAUCGAUUCCCGUGGACCAGGACUUUCCUAUAGCCCCCCCUCCCUCUGCUCCUCGUCCUUUCUCUUUCUUUUUCUCUCUCUCCAUCCUCUUCCCUUCCUCCUGUCUUCAUCGUGUUUCUCUCCCUCUGUCCCUCUCUCCCUCCCUACCAGGACUUUUCUUAUACCCUCUCCGUCUGCUCCUGUC